GAUAAGCAAAAGAACAUUGUCAAUAAUACUGACUAUAAGGCGAAAAAUAAAAUCAUAAUACAAGUCAAAAUGUGCAAAUCCAUAACAAUAAUUCUUUCAGUUUUGAUGGUCUGCGCUAAUGGUCGGUAUUUAAUUAAGGAGGAUUACAGAAGCCCAUAUGUAUUUGUUGAAGAUGGUCGCAACGUCAGAGUUUACGAUUUGGAAGAAGCUUUGUCGGAAGAUCAGCAGGAGUUGUCCCACGAGAAUAAUCUUUCGCGAGCUCGUCGUCAAGCCCAUGGAGCUCUAAGUUCGAACCCCGAUGGAACAUCAAAUGUAAUGGCGAAGGUGCCACUAUCUGUUGAUGAUAAAAACAUGUUAAGUGCAGUUGGUACUGUUAGUGGAGCGUCUGGUAAUGGGGACUUCAAGGCGGCUGGUGGCGGUUUGGCUUGGGAUAAUGUCAAAGGGCAUGGCGCAAGUGUAACUGGACAGCAUAUACCUGACUUUGGAGAUCAAUUGACCGCGGCCGCGAAAUUAAAUGUGCUUCACAACGAUAAACAUGAUGUUACCGCUCAAGCUUUUGCAACGAGAAGCUUUCCCAGCAAUCCCAACGUUCCCAACUUUGACACAUACGGUGGCAAAGUUGGAUACACAUACGAUAACAAACUGGGAGCAUCUCUUGGUAUGCAAUACACGGAUCUUUUCAAGAAGACUGACUACUCAGCGAUGGGCAAUUUAAACCUGUUCAAAGGGCGUGACUCUUCCCUAGACUUGAAUGCGGGUAUGAGCAAGUCUGUGUCUCCGUACAUACCCAGCAGCAGAUGGGAGCCAAGCGCUGGCCUCUCUUUCACUAAGUGGUUUUGAAAUGUAAGAAAAAUAGGCAAAUAUAAAUAGUAAUAUGUUAGACAGUUUAUAAUAAAUUAUUUAACU